CCACCAAAUUUGAAUGGACUGCCAACGGUAGAAUUUCAGAUAAGCUGUGUGAGAAUAACGGAAUCCAUAAAGCUAAGUCUGCUCUCAUUUGCCGUGUUGUUUUCAAGGUCCACGAUGAAAUCAGCGCAAAACAAGCCUUCAGUAAGAAAGACUCCUGGCAAGAUACAAUCAGUCCCAAGACAGCCAGUGAAGGUUUUCUGCCGAGUAAGGCCAAUUAAAAAUAACGAAGAACCCUGUGUAAAAGUGACUUCUGAGAAAACUGUCUCACUUGUUCUACCACCAGAGGCAGUAUCAACUUAUCGUGCAACAUGUUAUAAGGAAAUCAAGCACACUUUCAAACAUGUGUUUGAUGACAAAGCUACACAGAAGGAUGUUUUUGAUCAUGUAGCCUUGCCAUUGGUACAAAACCUUAUCCACGGCAAUAAUGGCUUACUGUUUACUUAUGGUGUUACUGGUAGCGGAAAAACAUUCACAAUGACUGGCGAUCCACAAAAUGGUGGAGUAAUGCCUCGAUGCUUGGAUGUUAUCUUCAACAGCAUAGGCAGCUACCAAGCCAAGAAAUUUGUUUUUAAACCCGAUAGAAUGAAUGGCUUUGACAUUCAAAGUGAUGGAGAUGCCCUUUUAGAUCGCCAGAAAGAACUAUAUUCUGUUAUUUCAUUGAAAACACCAAAGAAAAAAGAUUCUGAUACAGAUGUACUUCAGCGGACUCCGGAUGACACAAAGAUUGGAAGUAUUGAAGACGAUAAUACAUACGCUGUCUUUGUGACUUAUGUCGAAGUUUACAAUAAUGCUGUAUAUGACCUGCUGGAAGAUAUACCUGAAGAUGCAAUAAGGUCAAAGCAACUGCAGUCAAAAAUUGUGAGAGAGGAUGCCAGUCGCAACAUGUAUGUACACUGUGUAACAGAAGUAGAGGUGAAGUCGACUGAACAAGCAUUUGAAGCUUUCUACAAAGGGCAGAAAAGAAAGAGAAUGGCUGUUACUACGCUAAAUUCUGAAUCGAGUCGAAGCCAUUCAGUUUUCACCAUCAGACUGGUGCAGACAAGUCAGUCGCCACCUUUAUACAGGAGUAUACAGUAUAUUGUGUGUCUGACUCUGUUCGCAGGAAAUAUAAAUAAUUCCUUAAUGACUCUUCGAACAUGUUUGGAAAUUCUGAGAGAAAAUCAGUUGAAUGGAGCAAACAAAAUGGUACCCUACAGAGAUUCGAAAAUAACCCACCUAUUCAAAAACUUCUUUGAUGGUGAAGGGCAGGUGAAAAUGAUUGUGUGUGUGAAUCCUAGGAUUGAAGAUUAUGAUGAAACAGUCCAUGUAAUGAAAUUUGCUGAAAUGACGCAAGAAGUUCAAAUGACACAGCCUGCAGGCUUGAAACUAGAUUUUGGAUUAACGCCAGGCAGGAGAAAAGCCAAUGAAAUCUUCAAACAGGCCUUGCAGAAGAUGGAAGAAAAUUCGAAUGGCAGAGCUCAAAAUAUUGAAGUAGACAUCGGCCUUGUGUAUUGUUUGGGACCUCAAUUUCCUUGCUUGGAACUGACUGACCCAGGCCUUGAUAAGUUAAUUAAAGAUCUACUGUCAUUCCUUGAGUUACGCAUGAACAAGAAAAAUGACUUGCUUGAGGACUGGCAAAAAAGACAUCAAGAUUUUCGUAAUAAGUUAAUAGCUGUGGAGAGAGAGAACAUCAUGGCUAGACAGGAUAGCAUGAGCAAGCAAGCUGCUCUUGAACAAGAGAGGAAGAAGACAAGUGCUCUAGAGGCCAAACUAAUGAGUUCAGAAUCGACUAUGAUGAGCCUUCAGCAUCAGCUUCAACAAAAUGAAGCAAAUCUUAUUGCUUUGAAGCAAGAACUUGAGGAGAAAGAGAUGCUGUUACAUCAGCAAAUGGUAGAGAAAGAAAAGUUGAGACAAAAAUACAGUGACAAGAUAGCUGUGGAAAAAGAGAGAAAUACAUUUGACACACAGAAAAGAUUGAAAGAACAAGAAAUUGAGUUUAAGACUCAAAUGAGAGAUCAAGAAAGGAAGCUGAGGAAAGUGAAGCAAAUCUUGUCAAAGGACAAUUCUGCCACCACUUGCACUCCUGUGCAUCCUACGAGAUCUGCAACCACUCUGUACCAAACCCCAGUUGCUUCAGAUAAAACUAAUUCACGUGGAUUGCAGUCACAAAGUUCUAAAAGAGGGCCAGCAGUGAGCAAUCCAAGGCACAGACGAUCUCGAUCAACUGGGGAUGAAACGUGGUUAGACCACAGACCAAGGAAUGCAGUUGAACUUGGUACUGUUAUGCAGCCACUUAUGAAGCGACGCAAAUCAGUUACCAAACUGACAGAUGCGAAGGAUGUCGCCAAUGCAAAGACGUCGAAAUAUUGCCUCAUGACUCAGGAGCAGGAUUCAAGCGGAGAACUGGAAACACGCCUCUAUAAGGCUGAUGUGAUACCAACGUGUGGAGGUGGUGCACAAGUCGUCUUCAACGAUGUAGAAAUGUUAAAGCAGCAAUCUCCAAAUGCAACUCCUCUACGAAAGCGAAAUGCUUCAACUGGUGAUUUGAAAGAUAUAGAAGCUGCGUGUGCUGUGGCUGUGGAAGGACACAAGAGGGCUCGUCAUUAG